AUGACAGUGCAAAAGUGGGCAGCUGAAUUUAGAAGAGGAAAUGGAAGUUCUGAAGAUGACUCAAGAUCUGGAUGUUCUACAACUGUCAUCACCAUGGAAAACUUUGAUCGUGUUCAUCACAUGGUGAUGGAUGACAGGCGAUUGGAUAUAAAUGAAAUAACCAAUGCUAUAAGCAUAUUCCGUGAGAGAGUUGAAAAUAUUCAGUACAAUGAACUUGGAAUGACGAAGGUUUCUGCUCAGUGGGCGCCAUAUCUUCUGGCACCGGAUCAAAAGCACAUAAAGCUGAUCGCAUCACGGGAAAAUCUGAAACAGAAAGACUCAGCAUUAGCAUUGUUACGGGACAUCACCUUUAUUCUAUGUUCCUUUAAAGUUUUCCGAUCAUUUUUCUCAUAA